AUGGGGACCUCACCUAUGUUAUUUGCUAGGAUUCGGAGAACUUGUGUUACUCAUGAAUUAAACCAGAAAAUUUCUCUCCUCUUUUCAUCCUCUCCAUCUGCUCUCUACCAACGUAAAAUGGCUCAAAAAACCUUAGUACUUUUGGUGUCCUUAAUGAUGUUUGCAACCUUUGUGUCAUCUACACACGGUAGGAAGCUUUUGGAAGUCCAACAUAAUACUAUGAAAAAGGUUCCAUCGAUGGAGGAAAGGUUGUAUCUACCUUCUCUUCCAAAAGGCAGUGUGCCGAAUUCUUCACCCAGCAAGAAAGGUCACGCCGUCACCAUUGAUGAAAAGCUCAUAGCCCGCCACCUCGCUGCCGUCGACCGGAUUCUCCGAUCAGUUCCUAGCCCCGGUGCUGGCCACUAG